AUGAAGCUCAAUCACGUGACUCUGGCAGCCGCGCUUUACGCGAACCUCGCUGCUGUUCACGCAACGACCACCACCACGCUCGACUUCACCGCAACGGCCUCGGAGAUCACAUUCACAAAGACACCCGAGGGCUCGACGUCCGGGUCGACGUUUUUGUCGGCCUCGUCUCCGGCGGAAUCGUCCAGCGCUAGCGUCGAGACCAGCGCAUCCGGCUCGGUUGUCAGCUCGGUAACCAGCUCUGCCACCAGCAGAGUGACCACCAUUGGAUCCAGCUCUGCCGUCAGCGCACCCAGCACCGUCACGAUGUAUUCUUCAUCGGCACUAUAUCCAAACACCACUGUGGUCAGAACCAGUAGCGCUGGAAGCUCCGUCGGUUCGUCGAUCGAGUCGUCGACCGAGUCGUCAACUGAGUCGUCAACUGAGUCGUCAACUGAGUCGUCUACCGCACCAACCUCUGUUGAGUCGUCCUCUGUUGCGUCAACCUCGUCUGUCGAGUCGUCUUCUGUCGCAUCAACUUCGUCCGUCGUGUCGACCUCCGCUACCCCCUCCUCCUCCUCCUCUUCCUCUUCUUCUGUCGCACCAUCCACCAUAUCCAGCAAGGCCGCUGUCUCCACGGUCAUCUCACUACCUGUUUCAUCAACCAAGACCUCGUCUUCCGCUUCGGCCGCCGCCACAACUCUAGACGCCGCUACCGCUGCCUACAUCCUCAGCGAGCACAACGCCAAGAGAAGCUUGCACGAAAACACCCCAGACCUAGUUUGGGAUGACAGCUUGUCGGCUUUCGCCUAUGCGUACGCCAACUCCCUAGAGGGCACCACAUAUGACCCUUGCUCCGGAAACUUGAUUCACUCCAGCAACAGAGGCGAUCAAGGUGAGAACAUCGCUUUUGGCACAACCACAGACCCUAAUCUUCUAGUCGAUUACUGGUACGACGAGAUCCAGUACUACGACUACAAUAAUGUUACCGGUAUUGAGCACGACGGCCAGGAAGUCGGCCACUUCACCCAACUAGUCUGGGCCUCCAGUACCAAGGUUGGUUGCGCUGUGUUGCAAUGUGACACUCAAGCCAAGUACGGUCAAAACUCCAUUUACUUGAUCUGCGAAUACUCACCAGCCGGUAACGUCUAUAACGGCACUCCAGGACAAGAUGAAUUCUAUUUCUUCAAAAACAACGUCUUGCCUCUAAAAUCCACCUAA